AUGGAUAAUGAGGAAAUGGGGAAAACGCCUGUGCCGAGCACGGACAGGGUGAGAGUAGCGGUGCGCGUGCGGCCUUUCAGCCAGAGAGAGAAGAGCUCUGGAAGCCAAUGUGUGAUUUCCAUGCAUUCCCAGAGCACCACCAUCCGAGACCCUAAGAACGGAGAGCACCUGAAGACUUUCACCUUUGACCUGGCCUAUUGGUCUCAUGAUGGCUUUCAAAAGGACAAAGACGGUGUCCUGAUUCCAUCCAAUCCGACCAGUCAAUUCGCAGGUCAGCUCCACGUCUUCCAUGAUAUUGGAAGGGGAAUUCUAGACAGUGCCUGGCGAGGCUACAAUGCUACUCUCCUGGCCUAUGGCCAGACGGGCUCUGGAAAAAGCUACUCCAUGAUUGGCUUUGGCACAAACAAGGGUAUUAUUCCAAGAGUGUGUGAAGAGCUCUUCCAAGCUAUUAAGAUGCAAAAGAAAAACCUAGAACUCCAGGUCAUGUUUAGCAUGCUGGAAAUCUACAAUGAACAGAUAAGAGAUUUGCUGUCCAGAACCAAGAUUCCUGGAGGGUUAAGAGUCAGGGAAGAUCAACAGCUGGGGUUUUUUGUGGAAGGGCUAAAGUGGGUGCCUUGUGAGAAUUAUGCACAAAUUGAGAAGCUGAUGGAGCAGGCAUCAAAAACCAGGAUGACAGCUUCGACCAACAUGAAUGCCAGCAGCAGCCGGUCCCACAUGGUCAUCACCAUCCAGUUUAAGCAGGUUUUCCUGGAUACGGCUCUCACCAAACAAUCCAGCAUCAACAUGGUUGACUUGGCAGGAAGCGAGAGGCAAAAAUCAUCGGGAGCUGAAGGAGACCGGCUGAGGGAAGGGUCCAGGGUCAAUUUAAGCCUAACCAGUUUAGGGAAUGUCAUCAGUGCUCUGGCUGACUCAGCCAUGGGGAAGAAAGUCCUGCACAUUCCCUACAGAGAUUCUGUUCUGACCAAACUGCUCCAGUCGGCUCUGGGCGGGAACAGCCGGACAACACUGAUUGCAGCCAUAAGCCCAGCUGAUAUCUGCUAUGAGGAAACCUUGUCGACACUGAGAUACGCUGAGAGGGCUAAAAAGGUUCAGAACAGAGCUACGGUCAACACGUGCACACUGGUGAGAGCAUCCAGGGCUGAGAACAAGCAGCUGCUCAGAUUCGGGGACGCCGGAGCAGAAGAGCACUCGGCUUGUUUCCUGGCAGAAUGGCAGCUGGGCACUCGAACCUGGGCCCACCUGCUGGAGCAGGCGCGGAUGGAAUGGGAGGAGCAGUACGCGGCUCUCUCGCAGGAGCAGCAGAUGGUGAAGGCACUCCCACACCUUCUCAAUGUCAACGAGGACCCACAGCUCACAGGUGUUCUCAAGUUCUUCAUUCACAACGGCUCCUGUGACGUUGGUCGGGCUGCUUCAAAUGCUAUCCGUCUUCGAGGCCUGGGGAUUUCAGAUAAACACGCUUCUUUCGUGAAUCUGGACGGUAAAGUAACAGUUGCACCACACGACAAGUGCAAGGUGAUCGUCAACGGGGUCCCUGUCACCAGCAGGACAAAGCUGCAGCACUUGGACCGCAUCAUCUUGGGAUCCAACAGUGCCUUCCUCUACAUCGGGUUUCCCCCAGAGCGAGGCGAUGAGGAUUUGAGUAGAUACGAUUACGACUUUUUCCAGCUGGAGCGGGCAGCUGCUGAGGGAGUGAGUGUGGACAUGCUUGGUACUGGGAGCCCCAGAGAUGGCCAAGCUGACUCCAGCAUCUUAGCUGUCUUCCAGGACUACAUCAAACUCAUGCCGCUGGUUGUGGAGGCAAAUCAGAUGAGUGAGGAGCUAAAGAAGGGACUUAAAAUGGAAUUGAAGGUGAAGAACUUGGCAUCAUCAGAUUCCAGGGGCUUCGACCUCCAGAAAGAGGUCAUGGUGAAGGUGACCAAACCAAGGACUCACGAGGUAUGGAUUUGGUCAAAAGCCAAGUUUAUCAAUAGGAAAUUCCUGAUGGAGGAACUUUACCAGCACUUUCUAGAGAGUGAAGACAGCCAGGUGGCUCAGGAAGAUGACCCUUUCUGGGACCCUGUGGAGGGUGUCCACUUGGGCUCAGCACACAUUUGGCUGCAGUCCCUGGCUUACCGCAUGAUGCUGGAGGAGCAGGUGGAGUUUCUGAACUAUGACGGGCUGGAGGAGGCAGUAUUGCACAUCCGCAUCACUCCCUGCUCCCCGGAGGGAUGGGCCCGAGGUGAGGAAGAUAUGGUCAUUGACCCCCUGGAGCUACUGAGCAAGAGGCUUGACUUCCAGAUUCACAUUGUCGGAUGCCUUGGCGUCAAAUGGCUAAAGGAAGAUGCAAGCCGGGGCAUCCAGCUGGGGUACAGAAUCUAUGAUCUCCCAAACACUCUGUAUACUAAGCCUGUGUGGAAGAGCGUGAACCCCCGGAUCGAAGAGACUGUCCACGUCGUGGCCUUGAGUGCAUCUCGCGAGUUCCUGGAUUACUUACUGACAAAUGCCCUGGUCGUUGACUUGUGGGGCCUCCAAGAAGGCUGUGCUGAAUUUGGCUUCUCUCAGCUGGACAGCCUGCUCCCAGGUGAAGGCCACAUUGUGGUAGAUACUAAGAAAUUGUCCAGUGUGAAGAAUGUGAGCCAGAUCAUGUCAAACCAGGUACCAGAAAUUUAUCAGAAACUGCUCACAUUAGAGCAGGAGACGGAGCUGCUCAGAGACGUCAACCGAGCCCUCAGAGAAGAAAACAUGUUUCUUAAGGCAUCGCUGGAGAAAACUGGCUCUGCUCAACAUGGUGAGAGACAGGAUAACCCAGAGGGAGCUGAGGUGAGGGCACAGCUGCCGGCAGUCAGAGAGGCUAAGCAGAUGUGUGCUCAGCAAGCCGGCUGCGAUGCACAGCUGGCCAGAGCCCUGAAGGUGUUCUAUGGAGGCAUGAGCAUGGCCAGACGACAGCUGCUGGGACUGCGGCAGUGCAGACCCCCCGAAGAUGAUCAAAUGCUUCGACCUUUUGUGCACCAACGGUCACAGAUACUAAAGGAUUUGGAGGACCUGCUUGAAUCCAGCUUACGGAGGCUGAAAAAUGAUGUUGCUUGCAUAGUGAAGAAGAAGAAAGAAUAUCUACUGCAGAGCCAACAGUGA